GCAGUUGUUUUGCUGGAUUCGAAGGAGUCCCAGGCCGAAUUGGGCUGGACGUCGCACCCAUCGAAUGGGUGGGAAGAAAUCAGUGGAGUAGAUGAAAACUACAAGCCGAUUCGUACCUACCAGGUCUGCAAUGUCAUGGAGUCGAAUCAAAACAACUGGCUGCAGACAGGCUGGAUUGCCAGGCGCAGUGGCCAAAGAAUCUUCAUUGAGCUGAAAUUCACCCUGAGGGACUGUAACAGCAUCCCUGGAGUGGUUGGCACAUGCAAGGAGACCUUCAACCUCUACUAUGUUGAGUCAGAUUCUGAUCUGGGGCGCAGCAUCCGUGAGAACAAGCAUACCAAAAUUGACACCAUUGCUGCCGACGAGAGCUUCACCCAGGGGGACUUGGGCGAGCGCAAAAUGAAGCUGAACACAGAGCUGAGGGAGAUUGGGCACCUGAGCAAGAGAGGCUUCCACCUGGGCUUCCAGGACGUGGGUGCUUGCGUGGCUCUGGUUUCCGUGCGGGUUUAUUACAAAAAGUGCCUCUCCACGGUGCAGAACUUGGCAGUGUUUCCAGACACUGUGGCAGAAGCAGCAUUUGCAACCCUGGUGGAAGUUAAGGGCACCUGCGUCAAUCAUUCUGAAGUAGACCUGGAUAGUCCUCCCAGGAUGCACUGCAGUGCGGAGGGGGAGUGGCUAGUCCCCAUUGGGAAAUGUACGUGUAGUGCUGGCUUUGAAGAGAAGGAUGAUGGGUGUGAAGCUUGCCCUGCUGGAUUUUAUAAGCUGUCCUCCCGACUCCCUCUCUGCUCUCCCUGCCCCGAACACAGCUUCACACAUCGAGAAGCCUCCACGUUCUGCAUGUGCCAGAAGAACUACUCCCGGUCCCCAUCAGACCCGCCAUCUGCCUCCUGCACCCGUCCCCCAUCUGCUCCAAGGAAUCUCAUCUACAGCCUGAAGCAGUCCACGCUGGUCCUUGAAUGGAGUGCACCAGCUGACCUGGGCGGCCGGACCGACGUCACCUACAACCUCCUUUGUGACCGCUGCUCGGCGGCUCUCCGGCGGCAGUGCGAGCAGUGUGGCAGCAGCGUUGGCUUUGUGCCCCAGCAGACGGGAUUGGUGGACAGGACCGUUACCCUGGUGAACUUGCUACCACAUGUUAACUACACUAUCCGUGUUGCAGCUGUCAAUGGUGUCUCUGAUUUCAAUGCCUCGUCAAAGCCACAGUACGCGGAAGUGAACAUCUCCACCAGCCUCAGAGCACCAGCUCUUAUUGCUGACAUCCGCACAGAUAAAAUUGAACAGAAGAGCAUUUCCUUGUCAUGGCAGGAGCCGGGCUUCCCUAGUGCCAGUAACACUGGGUACGAAAUCAAGUACUUUGAAAAGGAUCAAAGAGAUCAAAGUUACUCGACUGUGAAGACCGCGUCGACAGCCGUGACAGUCAGUAACCUCAGGCCUGGCACGUGCUACGUCUUCCAGGUCCGGACGGUGUCAGCCCAGGGUUAUGGAAACUACAGUCCUGGCAUCGAAGUGGAAACCUUGGGGGAACUGACUGUGGCUCCCAGCGAGCAGAACCCUAUCAUCAUCAUCGUGGUGGUUGCAAUUGCUGGGCUGAUUGUGCUGGUUUCCAUGGUGAUUGGUGUGAUGAUCUGGAAGAGACAGUGUGGGUACAGCAAAGCCAGCCAGGACGGAGACGAGGAGCUGUACUUCCAUUUUAAGAUACCAACCAGGAGGACGUACAUUGACCCUGACACCUGUGAAGACCCCACGCAGGCCGUGCACCUCUUUGCCAAAGAGCUCGACAACUCGAGUAUCAAAAUCGAGCGGAUCAUUGGAACAGGAGAGUUUGGAGAAGUCUGCCGGGGAUGCUUGAAACUUCCCAGCAAGAGAGAGCUCCCGGUUGCCAUCCAGACCCUUCGAGCUGGCUGCUCAGACAAGCAGAAACGCUCCUUCCUGGCAGAGGCUAGCACCAUGGGCCAGUUCGAUCACUCCAACAUCAUCCGCCUGGAGGGCGUCAUCACCAGAGGAAACACCAUGAUGACUGUGAUGGAAUACAUGGCGAACGGAGUGCUGGAUUCGUUUCUCAGGAAACACGAGGGCCAGUUCACAGCCACCCAGCUGACGGGUAUGUUACAUGGGAUUGCCUCUGGCAUGAAGUACCUGACCGAGAUGGGUUACGUACAUAAAAGCCUUGCUGCCCACAAAGUCCUCCUGAAUAGCAACCUGGUUUGCAAAAUAUCAGGCUUCAGACAGUCCCAGGAAGAUAAAAUGGAGACCAUCUUCACCACGAGUGGGAAGAGCCUGGUCCUGUGGUCAGCCCCCGAAGCCAUCCAGUACCAUCGCUUCAGUUCUGCCAGUGACGUGUGGAGCUUUGGCAUCGUGAUGUGGGAGGUGAUGUCCUACGGGGAGAGACCCUACUGGGACAUGUCCAACCAGGACGUGAUAAAGGCCAUCGAGGACGGGUUCCGGCUGCCUCCCCCGAUGAAUUGCCAGCCCCCGCUUCACCAGCUCAUGCUGGACUGUUGGCAGAAGGAGCGAAAUGAGAGGCCCAAGUUCUCACACAUCCACAAUAUCCUAAGCAAGAUGCUUCAAAACCCAGAGCCACUGAAAUGUACCAGCCCCACUUGCACCAGACCUCACAAUCCAUCCAUCCCCCUGGCCGAACACACUUUCUCAGCCUUCCCGUCUUUCAGCUCUGUGGGUGAGUGGUUGGAAGCCAUAGAGAUGGGCAGAUACAAAGAUAACUUCACCGCUGCGGGGUACUGCUACCUGGAAUCUGUGGCAAGGAUGAUGGUCCAAGAUGUCCUGAGUCUGGGAAUCACCUCAGUGGAACAUCAGAAAACCAUCCUGAGUGGGAUCCAGACCCUGCGAGCCCAGGUGAUACAGAUGCAUGGUCGAGGCGUGCAGGUGUGAGCCCAGCAGGGACGGACACUUUCAGAGCACUGACUUAAAACUCCCCGGGGACAGUGGUGUAGCAGGGCUGGGAGCUGGCCCUAAACUGGAUCAAAUCUCUGAGACUUUACCAGAAGCAGCUGUGUGAGUGGGAGGUAGGAAGUACAGGUCUGCUGCAGACUAGUCAUUCCAGAGUAGUGAGGGAGUCCAGGAGCUGGUGUUUCCUGUCCUGGGGUUCUCCCAACAGCAAUUUUAGUGCAGUGUGCUUGGUUGGUUGUGUUUUUCCCCAGCAAUGUUUUGUAGGAUGAGAGUCAAGCUCCAAUGAUGCCAUUUCACAUGGUACCUAGGCUAACAGGGUGGACUGGACACUUGUGUACUGGUUUGAAACUGGAUUUGACAGUGUUUUAGUAUCUAGCUUUCUACUGAUAAAUCCAUAGGUAUUUUUUAUACAAGCUGAUGUGUUUUACUGACCCCACGAGUACCUUCUGUUUUAUAGAGUCCAGAGCACAGCGCGCUCUAAUGGCCCAGCUUUGAAAGGUGACUUGGCCCAGCCCAUCCAUUCCUGUCCUUCCAGAGGAGAUUCUGAAUUCCCACUUUUCCCCAGCAUGAGCCAUUCCAUUCCAAGAGUUACCUCAUUAAGUCGCAAAAAAUGUGUGGAAAAAUAACUAAUUCAAAUCAAAGUGGCAGGAAAAAGUCCACAAAUUCUGUCAGAAAUGGGACAGAUAAAAUUAGGGAGUCAGUCUGGAGUUAUUGAGAAGAAUAUGGCAUGUAUCUGUUCUUCUUCGACUGGACUCUGUCCAUUCCCACUCCUGGGAUGUGCCUACAGCCUCCAAAAGAACAACUCUUGUUACAGGUGAGUAGCCUCCAUUUCUCCCCCAGAGAAUGUCCCAAUUCCUGUUCUCUGGAGCAGGACUAGAAAUGGCUGGUCAGAAUCACCAUGUUCAGUUGUAGCACAGUAUUAACGUUUCACAUCACAGAUCAGUAUCACACUAUGUCAGAGCCAGAAGGUGCAUCCCAAAGCUUGUCGCUGGAUGUGAGAUGUGCGGUGCUGUCGCACCAGGAAGGGUUGGACCGUGUGCGCUGCCUGGGAUGAGAACGCUCUACAUUGCUUGGGGCUUGGUUUGAUUAGCCACAGUUGGGGUGUCAGUUUGAGGUAAUUUCAGUGGUGGCGUUGCUAGGUUAGAUCCCAAGACAGGAAAUUCUGGCCAAAUGGUGGAAUUGGGUAUCAGAACGGAAUCAAUGAACCAAUGGAAUCUCUGAAACUGUCUUGAAAUCCAGACAAGGCAGGCUGUAUCUGCACCUUGUUUUGUUGUGCAAGGAAUGCAGGACUGGGCCUGUUCUUUACAUCAAAUACAUGCUUUGUCUUCAGUCAGGGAUCAGACCCUACAUCACAAAUGGCAUUUGCUUAGCAGUACAAGUUUCCUUUAAGUUAGUUAAUUAAAUGGAUUUUUGCAGCCUGGAUUCAGUUAGAUGUACACAGUUUUGUAGGCCUUUGAUUAUCAUCUAUAAGCAUUAAAAGUGAAUUAUUGAUGAGGAAAGACAAAGAUUUACAAAGGGAAUUAAUGCAGUGGAAAGUGUUCAAAGCACAUUUAGAAAUCUGUUUGCAUUGUGAUUCAGAUGUGCCUACUAGACUGCACCAUAGGGAUAGAAAACUAAAUUGAAACUAAAUAUAGGACCUUAACUCCUCAUAUGCCCUGUAGUGUUGGCACAGUAUUUACCCUCUGCCUGGACAUCCUUCCUUCUGCUCUCAUAGAGGUGAUGAAACAAAGAGGCAAUAGUAUGUUUUAACUUCUCUCACUGGCGUGGUGACCCGUGCAGAGCCUGUUACAUUGGGG